UGAUUGGUCAGACACCGAUGAAUGAAUCGUAAUUGUCAUGGUUUCAAAAGUUUAACCAGUUAUGUGCUCAUACUCUCAGUAAAUCGAUAUUUUAGUAAUUUAAUACGAAAUAAAUUGUUACGUGGCGGUUAUAUUAGAAUCCACGUCGGCGUUUAAUUUUAUAAAUAUUUUUGCCCAUAAAAAAAAUUAUAUUAGUUGUGUUGUUGCUAAAAUUCGAGAUGGUUCGUGGCCUCAGUGUAUUGCAAACUUUAGGAAUUUUCUGCGUGUCAUUUGUGAUAGUUACAUCGACUGGAUCAUUUUCUCGAGUUCCUUUCCCAAAAGACCAGCGGACAGACAUUAAAUUCCCACCAGUCAUCAGGAAAAGCGAUUCUGGAAUACCAGAUGGGCAUCUCCGACCUUUAGGUCAUCAAAGGCGAUCUGAAGGCAGAGCCAAGGAAUACAAUCAAGUGCUACAUCCUAGAGAAUUCUGGGAAAAACACGUCAGUAAAAAGCUCCCUCUGGUGUUCAGAAAUGCUGUUACUAAAUCUGGAGCUUUUCAAAACUGGACUGAUGAAUACUUAACUGAAAGCUAUGGCGAUAUUGAUGUAUUGAUUGAAAAAAAGAAAGAACAUCGCGAAUCGGCACCAAUCAGAAUUAAAUUAUCCACAUUCCUUGAUAGUUACCACCAUGAAGACUGGUACGUGGUUACCGUGUUACCGGAUGAACUCAGACCAGAUAUACAGGUUGGUAAAUAA